AUGGAUUUCCGUCCCUGUUCUAUUAAGAAUAGAGAGGAAUUCAUAGAAAAAACUAAAGGCUUAAAGAUUGGUCCUGAUGAAUUAAUGGUAUCGUUCGAUGUCAAAGCGCUCUUUCCCAGUGUUCCAGUUAACGAAGCUCUUGAAUAUUUGAAAGUAUGGUUAUCAACACAAGAAGGAGAAACAGAAACAGAAAAUUGGAACAACAAAGUAAAAGAAUACCACAAAUUAGCAAGACUUUGCAUGGAGGAGAAUUACUUCGAAUUCAGAAACGAGAUGUACAGAACAACAUCGGGAGUAUCGAUGGGCAACCCACUUUCACCAUUUAUUGCAGAAUUAUUUAUGUCCAAAUUGGAAAAAAGAAUGGAGGAGGAUUCUCUGAUGCCUAGAGUAUGGAUGCGGUAUGUUGAUGACGUCUUCGCGAUAGUGGACAAGGAAGAACUGGAGAAUAUAAACAGAUGCAUCAACAAAUUACAUAGAAACAUCGAAUUUACAUUCGAAAUUGAGGAAAAUGGAGUGUUACCUUUUUUGGACAUAUUGGUGAAAAGAAAAUCUGAAAAAAUAAGAUUCAAGAUAUAUAGGAAGAAAACAACAACACAAAGAUGCAUUCUAAAGGACUCGUACCAUUCAACGAAACAUAAAAUGGCGGCGUUCAACUCUAUGAUCCAUAGAAUGCUAACCACACCGAUGGACAGACACGACUAUAGAUCAGAAGUAAACUUCAUUUUGGGCACGGCUGUGAAGAACGGUUAUUCUACUGAAAGUAUUAAGAAACUCAUUAGGAAGAAAAAACGAAAAAUUGAGCAGGAGAAUAUGAGCACAUUGUUUAAACAGAACAGGAUAUUGGAAGAACAAAGAACAACAUGGGCAUCUUUAAGUUAUGAUCAUCACUGUACAAACUUGAUAAAUAAACAACUUAGGAAACACAAUAUUCGGACAUCGGAAACCAAUAGUAAAUAUCAACUUAGGAGUUUGUUAAAUUCGGCUAAGGAUAAAUUGAAGAUACAUGAAAGAUGCGAAUAA